CCCCUGGUUCAUCCCCAAGUGUCUUGCCUAAAUUUCCCGGGGGAAGUCCCGGAAGCCGGGCUUCCUUCCCACCCGGCGGAAGGCUCCGAGGGGAAGCCCGCUGGGCCACUAGAGGGCGCGGAGUGGGCCGCAGAGACCCCAGAGCCGCGUUAUGGCGGCGGCGAGGGUGCUUCUCCUGUCCGGACGGCCGGAGUCGGUGAGCUUCGCGCAGAGCGUGUGUGGCCUCCUGGGCGCCGGGCCGGGGCUCGGGCCGUGGCCCACGUACUGCGGCCUCAAGCGGGGAGAACUCGUCCUCUCGGACAGGCCGUUCCCAGGCGCCUCCGCCAGGCUUCCGCUCCAGCGACCCCCUUUCUGCCCUUUUUCGGCCCUGGAUCAGCAGCCCAGGGCUCCUGGGGCCGAGCUGCCCACGAAUCCAGGUGUGGAUCUGGCUGUGGCGGUCGUUCUGCAGUCCAGCGAUCAGACUGUCUUGCUGACCCGAAGGACACAAACUCUCAACGUUUCCCCCAACCUCUGGGUACCCCCAGGUGGGCACGUGGAGCCUGAUGAAGAGCUGCUGGACGGAGGACUUCGAGAGCUUUGGGAGGAGAGUGGACUACAGCUGCCCCAGGGCCAGUUCUCUGGGGUCCCUCUGGGGUUAUGGGAGUCUGCCUACCCUCCUAGGCUGAGCUGGGGUCUCCCCAAAUACCAUCACAUCAUUCUCUAUCUACUUGUCAUUUCCCAGGAGUCACAGCAGCAGCUACAGGCCCGGAUCCAACCAAACCCAAGAGAGGUGAGCGCCCUUAUGUGGCUGGGACCAGAUGUAGCAGCUGCGGUGGCUGCCACAGAGGAUGGGACAGAGACACCCAGACAUCUUCCCCAGGACCUACCGCCUUCUGUCCUUGCGGUGGAACUAGAAGAGAAUGGAGGAGCUCGACCUCUGGUCUUGCCCACGUCCACACUGCUGCGGACGACCCCAGCCACGGCAGAUAGCAAAGAGAGGGUCAGCACUGGGACCAAGUUUGCCCUCAGGCUCUGGCUACAGCAUCUGGGCAGGUAGAGCUGGGAUAGCAGCUGAAGUGACAGGACAGUGCUUCUUCGUCGGGGGCAGGUCCUCCUCGUCUGAUGAGCUUUCUAUUGUCAAGUCAAUAACUUCAACCUUCUUCUUAUUCUCUGAUGGAUUGCCCUCUUGGACUGGGCUAUACUGGAGGCCUGUGGUUGGUAAGAAGACUGUGUCUCAGAGAAGAGGCCAUACAAGACUUAGCUCAACUGGGGGACAGGGGGUCACUCACCAUCCAGCCCAUACCCUGGCGGGGGGCAAACCUCAGAUGCCUCCUUCUUGGGUUUCAUUGGGCACCAGGAUCCAUCUUCCAUGAACUGGAUCUCAUCACAAUCCGAGCAGGAAUUAAGAAUCUCCAUGAAUAAACUAGGGGAGGGGAGAGAUAGGAAUUCAUGUGGCUGGGAGAUGGCUGCAACAGUAGCCAGGGAGUUCUGGGACUCACCUUCCUGAACCUCAGUUUCCUCACCUGUAAAUUAGGGAUGUUAUCUACCCUCCUGACCUCUCUGAGUUGUUGGAAUCAAAUAAAGUAAGGUGCAUAAAAGAGCUUUGAAAAUUUUAAAUGCUGAG